AUGGCAGAAAGUGCAGUCAGCCUACUUAUACAGAAUUUGAUCCCGUUGUUAGCCCAAGAAGUAAGAUUGCUGGAGGGAAUCCACGACAAAGUUGUUGACAUCAAAGAUGAACUUGAGAGCAUUCAGUCCUUUCUCAAGGAUGCAGAUGCAAGGGCCGAGAUGGGAGACAUGAGCAACGUUGUAAAAACAUGGGUCAAACAAGUAAGAGAAAAAGCUUAUCACAUAGAAGAUGUUAUUGAUGAAUACAAACUUCAUUUGGCAAAACAUCACCAAGGGCGAAGGAAACGCUUUCAUUUCCUUUUGAAAGUUUUUCAAUUUACCUUAAAACUAAAACCGAGACAUGUGAUAGCCUCCAAGAUUCAAGAUAUCAACAAAAGUCUCAAGGUAAUCAGAAAGAGAGGUGAAAGAUAUGGAUUCAACACCAUAGAGCAAGGAGGAUCAACUAGUGACACUAGACGUGAUACAUGGCAUGACCCUCGUGUGGAAUCUCUUUUCAUUGGGAAAGCUGAGCUUGUGGGCAUUGAGUCUCAUAGAGAUGAAUUGAUUGGUCAAUUGGUACAAGGACCAUCUAAUCGUUUGGUGAUUUCAGUGGUUGGCAUUGGUGGGCUUGGCAAGACCACUUUAGUAAAGAAAGUGUAUGACAAUGAGAAAGUGGUAGCACACUUUGAUUGCACUGCCUGGAUCACUGUUUCUCAAUCAUACAAGAUGGAGGAGCUCUUGCGGAAAAUGAUAAAGCAGUUCUACGAGGCAAGGAAAGAGUAUGCUCCCAGGAGAAUUGACACAAUGGAAGAGACAGAUUUAAUUAAAGAAUUGAGGCAAUAUGUACUUGAACAGAGGUACGUGGUAGUUUUUGAUGAUAUAUGGAACAUAAUGUUUUGGGGACAUAUAAAACUUGCUUUGCCAGAUAACAACAAAGGUAGUAGAAUAGUGCUUACAACCCGAAGUGAGAGUGUUGCUCCCUCCAACAAAGAAUCUCCAUCAAAUCAUGUGUACAAGUUGCCACCUCUACCAUUAGGAGAAGCUUGGGAACUGUUUUGCAAGAAGGUGUUCCAACAUGAAGGCGGGCAUUGUCCCGUCGAGUUGGUUGAAUUGUCACACGACAUAAUUAAGAGAUGUGAAGGGUUGCCAUUAGCAAUUGUAACUAUAGGAGGUCUUUUAUCAACCAAAGAAAAGGUUAGCUCUGAGUGGCACAAAUUCUGUGAUAGCCUUAGUUCGGAGCUAGAAAGUAAUCCUCACCUCUUAAAUAUCACCAAAAUUCUAUCUCUUAGCUAUUUUGAUCUACCUUACUACCUCAAACCUUGUUUCUUAUAUUUCGGCAUGUUUCCAGAGGAUUACUUUGUUAAUAGUGCAAGACUAAUACGGCUUUGGAUUGCCGAGGGUUUUAUAAAAGAAAAGCAAGGGCUAACAUUGGAAGAUGUUGCACAAGACUACUUGAACUAG